AUGACACAAAUUGGCCUCUACCCGUCUGCACUCACAAAACCGUUUGAGCUCUCGCUGAGCGCCAUUAAAUCAGUGCUCGAGCCCGAGAAUCCGUCAUAUUCAAGUAAACUGAUUUUUCCCCCGGGGGAUUCUUGGCUGGAAUUCUCUGAAUUCCAGAUCAAGCUGAAAUUCUAGAAUUCCAGCCCAGCCAAAAAUUCUAGUCAAAAUUUAAUUCCCCAAUUUUUUUCAGAACGAGUUCCAAAUUGUCAAAAAUGCGGUCAACAUGGCAGGAAAUCGAGGCUCAAAGGACAUAAAAGGUAAAAAAAAUUUUGAAAUGUGGAUUUUGGCGCCAGAAAUUUGGAGUACUGUAGAUCAAAAUUGGUGCCAAAAAGUAGUGGUUUUGGCGCUAAAUUUGAUCUACAAAAAUUCAAAUUUUUUCCCGCCAAAUUUUUUGAAAUUCAAAUUUUUUUCUUGCAGAGUCUGCCCGUUUCGAGAUUGUACAUGUGCCAAGGUAAGGUUUCUUCACCACCGCAAAAUUUUUAAUUAGCACCUUUGCACGAUGUUUUGGGAGUAUAUUGCACCUGUUUCACAGGGGAGGGGAUUAUAUUUUCGAAAAUCCUAAAAAGAAUUUCAAAAUUUAAAUUUAGUAUAAGUUUUGGGAAAGCUUGGAAAUGAAAUAGAAAAAUAAAUCUUUGAGAGUUUAAAGUUGAGAUAAGUCUCCAAUUUGAGGAUUUCGGGGGAGUUUGGCAUGAUUUUGAAGGAUUUUUAGAUGAACCGGGAAGUUUUGGGAACUCUUGAAGUUGAAUUUCAAGCUUCUGGAAUUUCUGAAAAGUUCCCAUGAGUUUCAGAAGUUUCUAAAUCAAAAUUUGAACCUUUCUCGAACUAUUUCAAAAUUCUCUAGCAGCUGAAAAUUCGACAUUUCUGAAACAUUCGAAAGUCUGGGAGAUAUUUUUGGAAUUUUCUAGAAUUCAAAAAAAAAUUCUGGGUAUUUCAGAAAGUCUGGAACGUUUUAGGGAUUUUUCAACGUCUUGAAAAGAAUCUGGAACUUUGUCUGAAAAUUUCUAAAUUCUAGAACAUUUUCAGAAGUUUUAUCAGCUCAAAAAGUUUCGAAGAACUUCUUAGGACACUUUUCAGCUUUUCAGAAAUCAUCUGAAACCUUCUAUGAGUUCUGAGAACUCUAGAAACAUUCCUGAAGCUUUUUCAGCUUCCCAUAUCAAUCCUGGGCUUCUGAAAGUCAUCUAGACCUUUUCAGAAAAUUCUGAAUUUCCAGAAGCUAGUACUUUUUCAGCUCUCAAAAAUCUUCCAAAUUCCAAAAAUCUACUCCCACACAUUUCUAUUUUCUAGAGCCCAAUUAUAAAUUUUCCACGAAUAUUUUUCCAGACAUUCUAAUUAUGAUGUCUGAAAAAUUAUGAAAUAUUAUUUUUUGUUCUAGAAAAAGUACACAUUUUUCUCGUGAUACACUCGUUUUUUCUUGAAAAACAAAAAAACUUUUGUGUUUUUCAAAAAAAAACACAGCUGCAACAUUUUUUGUUGCUUUGAAGCAACAAAAAAAAUUGGAAAACAAACAUUUUUUCUGGUUAGGAAGGGAGUUCCAAGCGGUGAUUGACAUUUUUUUUUCGAAAAAUGUUUUUUCCUGGAUUUUUUUGUGCGCAAAAAAGCAAAUUUUCUGGAUUUUGGAUGACGAAGAAUCUCAUUAAAAACAUGCAAAAAUGUUUCAAAAAUAUAUUUUUUCACACGAAAAAAAAUUGAGCCAAUUAUUUAGCGGAUAUAUAAAGUGUAUGUUGUUGUGAAACAUGCGAGAAUAAAAAAAAAUUCCGGGGGAAAAUUUGUUUUUGGAAAUUUGAUAGGCUUGUUUUGGAACAAUUUUUUGGAGCCGGGGAUUUUUGAUCUACCCGGAUUUUGAAGCUGGAAAAAUGAGGAGAAGCUGGGAUUUUUUUCAGAGUUUUGAGAUAUUUUUCAAAUCUAGAAAUUUUGGCUUAAAAUUUCACACGGAGAGAAAAUUUAAAUUAAAAAAUAAAUUGGAGAUUUUUUGAAAUAAAAAAUGUGUGGCUUAAAAUUUAGAGCCCGAAAUAUUUGCUCACCAAGUUAUCCCAAGUCCAAAUGUUUUUGAGAAUCUGAAAUUCAUGCAGGCUGAAAAUUUCCAGCCCAAAAAUUGUUCAACUUGAAUUUCUCCUGAAUUUGAACUUCAAAGUUCAGAAUCCAGUAGGCAUCGAAAAUCUUGAAAUUUCUGAAGCCGAAUUCAAAAUUUUUCUGAAAAUCACAAAAUUUCUCUUCCGGGUCCCAAAAAUUCCUCUGAUCUCAUUCUGAUUUUUAUUUAUUCUCCGAAAAAGUACCACGUCACACAACAACAAAAAUCUUCUUCGUCUUCUUCCUGAUUCUCUGCAAAUGAAUAAAUCUAAAUCUCUGAAAACACACCUACAGUAAUCCUCUGAAUUUAUUUUAUUUUUCCUGGAAUAUUUGUUUUUGUCUUCUCUAUAUGUGUGUUUUCCAGAGAAACCAGCCAAAUUAAUCGUCAUUUUUUUAUUCAAAAAAAUUUAUAAAAAUAAUUGGGAUUGCUCAUGUUAAAAAGGUAGAAGGGUAAUAUGAGCAAUGCUUGAAAAAUUCGGAAAUUUAAAUUUUUCUAGUGUUUGUUGAUCUGAGCAAUUGUUUUGGGAAACUUAACAUUGCUCAUGUUAGGUUUUUGAAACAGUGAAAUUUUGUUAGAAUGAGCAAUGAUUGCUCAUGUUUAAAAAAAUGAAGAUUUUUUUUUCCAUGAAAAUGUACGUUUCAAAAAUUGUUUCUUCAAAAAAGUUCCAAAAUUUCCACUUUCUCUUCUAUUUUUCAACAAAAAAUUGCCAUUUCUGCACACAUCUGUGUAAACUCUACAGUACUCUCGUCCUUUCAUCAUCAAAAAAAAAUAGAAUUCCAAAAAAAAAAUUCGAAAACAAUAAUUUUUCAGCCGGAAAUGGGCGGAGCCUAAUGUUGUGUAUGGCAAAAAAAAUUGAGAGGGGCGGAGCCACAAUUUUUAAUUUUAUGUUAUGUUUCUAUUAGAAUUACGGUAGACCUGAAAGGAACAUUGCUCAUAUUAACAAAAAUUGGAGAAAAAAUUUGUAAGCAUCGCUUAUUCUUUAACAUGAGCAAUCUUAUUGGAAAAAUAAAAAUGAACAAAAAAACCACUGGAAAAAUUACUGUUUCAAAAAAUUUUUAAUUCAAAAAAUCGUUUUAUUUUUUUUUUCAGUGUUCGGUGGUGUCAGAACGUCAAAAACUGAUGGCAGAUCAAAUCAAAAUCCGGCGACGACAACGAAAAGACACACUAAUGAAUUUGACACGUGAACACAUUACGUCGACGCUGAACGCCGCCGCUGCGCUCAGCGCAACACAAUUCAAUUUGGGCAAUUUCAGCAAUCUGAAUGCGUUGUUGUGUGAGUUUUGGGCGGAUUUCUAGUACAAAAAUGAGGUUUUUAGGGAUUUUCCAAUAAGCCUGAGAGCCUGAAAUUCAGAAUUUUCAGUGGAAAUUUUUUUAGGGGCGCUUAAUUUUGAUCAAUUUGAAUUUCUUGUUCAAAUUUUAAUUCAAAAAAUAUUUCCACUCGAUUUUUGAGGAUUUUUUGAAACAGUGUAAUUUUUACUUACAGUAGCGUAUUUUUCAAAAACAAAAUCGUUUUGAAAUUUUCUCAUCAGAAAUUUGGGAAUUUUUUGAAGUAGUGAAAUUUUUUCCCCCAAAAAAAUUCACUGUUUCAAAAAAUCUAGAAAUUUCUGAUUCAUUUUUUUUCUUGUUUUAUGCAUUUAGUAGCUUGUUUAGUGCCACGUGGAUUUUCUGAUCUAAAAAAAGUCUGAAAAAUUGACUGUUUCAAAAAAUUUAGAAAUUAUCGAUUCAUAUUUUUUGAAAUGCUAUGCUUUUCUAGUUUUUCAGUGCGUGGAUUGUCCGAUUUAAGAAAAAUCUCCCAGAAUUUGCCACGUGGCAACCAAAAAUUAGGAGGUCCACUGAAUUUUUGAGUCUCAAAAAUUUCACUGUUUCAAAAAUUUUGAAAUUUUCAAGGCAUGAAUUUUUAAACGAUAUGACAAUAUUUUGCGUGGGUCCAAAAAUAAAAUCUCGGCAAUUUUUUGAGCUGAAAUUUUGCCACGUGGAUUUUCGAGCCUAGAACUUGCCACGUGGCAGCCCAAACAUCAGAAGUCAAAUUAUAUAGAUAAAAUUUUGAGUAAAAAAAUUCACUGUUUCAAAAAAUCCAGAAAUUUUUGAGGAAUGUUUUUAAAACGUUCCAACUGACGUACUCAAACUCUAUGGAUCAAACUUUGAGUCUCAAAAUUUCACUGUUUCAAAAAAUCUAGAAAUUUUUAAGGCAUGAAUUUUGAAACGAUAUGUUAUGGCUCCAAUAAUAAAAUCUGAAAUUUUGCCACGUGGAUUAUUUAUCUACUAGUCUAGCCUUUCCACGUGGCAACCAAAAAAACUUUCCACGUGGCAACCAAAAAAUCAGAUUCUAAAAACUUCACUGUUUCAAAAAAUUUAGAAAUUUUUGAGGCUGAAAAUUUGAAAACGCUAAACAAAUCAAAAAUAGAAAAAUUAAUUUCAAAGCCACGUGGCAAACCAAAAAAAAAUCAGAAACCUAAUAAUGUUAUUCCAGAUGGCACCAUCAAAACCACACCACAACCUCUAUUAUCCUCGCCAACAUCAUCAGCAUCCGAUGCUUCCUCAUAUUCCCCUUCGCUACAAUUCCCCUCACCCUCUCUACCAUUAUUACUUCCACCCUCACCCGAUUCUCUCACACCCACCAACACAACAACAUCCACCACAAACACAACGACACCAUUGGUGGCGCCCGUCCCCACUCAAUCCACUUCAAUUGAUCGGUGCUCAAGACACGGCUCUCUUGCAAACCCUCUUGGCCCAAUACAAAUUGUUGGAAGAGGUCGCCAAUUUGGCGCCGGCAUCUUCAAAUGGAACAAGUUCACCAAUUGGUGAGGUUGGCGAUGAGGAAGAGAUGAUAAUUGGAGAAGAAGAGGAGGAAGUGAGUGAGAAUUUGGAGCAUGAAGAAGAAGAAGAAGCUGAGGAGAAGUUGAAUUGUAUUAUUGAUGUAUGUUCGGUUUAG